AUGGACGCCUCCACAGCGAAAGAGCCAAGCAGCAUCCCACCGGAAGCCAUAGCCCUGGCGGGCCGGAUGUACAAUGCAGCGCGCCAAGGCGACAUGGCGCUCCUUGGGCAAGCUCUACCGGCAGGUCUGCCGCCCAACAUGACCAACGAGAAGGGCGAUACACUUCUCAUGUUGGCUGCAUAUCACGGCCACGCCGACACGGUCAGGUUGCUGGUCCAGCACGGGGCCGAUCCAAACCGACUCAAUGACAGAGGACAGAGCCCCCUUGCAGGGGCAGUCUUCAAGAAGGAGGAUGCCGUGAUCGAGGCGCUUCUCGAAGCUGGUGCGGAUCCAGAGUAUGGGCAGCCCAAUGCUCUGCAGUGCGUUGAGAUGUUCAAGCAGGAGGAGACAUGGAGGACCAAAUUUGAUGAGGCACCUGGGCGAGGAAAGGCGGUGCCAGGCAAUGAGGUUGGGGGGGGAAGGUGGGAGGUCGCCCAAAUUUUUGGAGCUUCCAACGGCCAACGAACGACGACAGUCUCACCACCUUCACACCCAGACGACGACCCUUUUCUCUACUCUCCGUCGGUCUGCACUCUCCUCACACCCGGAUCCCACCGCAUACGACCCAGACAACACCUCACAAUGUCGUUCGGCGGACAGACACCGACGAUCGUCGUCCUCAGAGAGGGCACCGAUACGUCGCAAGGCAAGGGGCAGAUCAUCUCCAACAUCAACGCAUGCAUGGCCGUGCAGGCCACCAUCAAGUCGACACUCGGCCCCUACGGUGGUGACCUGCUCAUGGUGGACGAGAAUGGCCGGCAGACCAUCACCAACGACGGCGCGACGGUCAUGAAGCUCCUCGACAUCAUCCACCCGGCCGCCCGCAUCCUCGUCGACAUUGCCCGCUCGCAAGACGCCGAGGUGGGCGACGGCACCACCUCGGUCGUCGUCCUCGCCGGCGAGAUCCUCAAGGAGGUCAAGGAGCACGUCGAGUCGGGCGUCAGCGCGCAGGUCAUCAUCAAGGGCCUGCGGCGGGCGUCCCAGAUGGCCGUCAACAAGGUCAAGGAGAUUGCCGUCAGCACCGACGAGGGCAACCGCCGCGAGACGCUCACCAAGCUGGCCGCCACCGCCAUGACGAGCAAGCUGAUCAAGCGCAACACGGACUUUUUCACAAAGAUGGUCGUCGACGCCGUCCUCUCCCUCGACCAGGACGACCUGAACGAGAAGCUCAUUGGCGUCAAGAAGAUCCCCGGCGGCUCCCUGACCGACUCCCAGUUUGUCAACGGCGUGGCCUUUAAAAAGACGUUUGCCUACGCCGGCUUUGAGCAGCAGCCCAAGAGCUUUGAGGACCCCAAGAUUGUCUGUCUCAACGUCGAGCUCGAGCUCAAGGCCGAGAAGGACAAUGCCGAGGUCCGCGUCGAGCAGGUGUCCGAGUACCAAGCCAUUGUCGACGCCGAGUGGCAGAUUAUCUACAAGAAGCUCGAGGCGAUCCACAAGACGGGCGCCAAGGUGGUCCUCAGCAAGCUGCCCAUUGGCGACCUGGCCACCCAGUACUUUGCCGACCGCGACAUCUUCUGCGCCGGCCGUGUUGCCUCGGACGACAUGGAGCGCGUCGUGCAGGCCACGGGCGCCGUCACCCAGUCGACGUGCUCCGACAUUCUGCCCGACCACCUGGGCACCUGCGGCCACUUUGAGGAGAGACAGAUGGGCGGUGAGCGGUUCAACUUUUUCGAGGCGUGCCCCGAGGCCAAGACGUGCACGCUCAUUCUACGCGGUGGCGCCGAGCAGUUCAUCGCCGAGGUGGACCGCUCGCUGCACGACGCCAUUAUGAUUGUCAAGCGCGCCAUCAAGAACAACACGAUUGUCGGCGGCGGCGGCGCGACCGAGAUGGAGGUGUCGGCGUACCUGCACAGCUUCGCGGACAAGAACAUUCCGCACAAGCAGCAGGCCAUCAUCAAGUCGUUUGCGCGCGCGCUCGAGGUGGUGCCCCGGCAGCUCUGCGACAAUGCGGGCUUUGACUCGACCGACAUUCUCAACAAGCUCCGCGUCGAGCACCGCAAGGGCAAGACGUGGGCCGGCGUGGACUUUCAGGAGGAGGGCGUCGCCGACAUGAUGGAGCGGUUCGUCUGGGAGCCGGCCCUCGUCAAGGUCAACGCCAUCCAGGCCGCCACCGAGGCGAGCUGCCUGAUCCUGGGCGUCGACGAGACCGUCCGCAACGAGGAGAGCCAGAAGCCCCAAGCGCCCGGGCAAAUGCCGCCGGGUGCGGCCCAACGAGCGGUGCGCGGACGCGGCCGCGGCAUGCCGAGGAGGUAA